AAUGAUUUGCACAGACUUUGUUUUGCUCAAUUGCAUCACUUCUCACCAUCAAACAUGACAGACACCAACACAGAUUAUGCAUCAAAGAGAUUGGCAGUUGUUACAGGAGCUAAUAAGGGGAUUGGAUUGGAGAUAUGUCGCCAGUUAGCCUCCAACAGUGUAGCAGUACUUUCGACAGCCAGAGAUGAGAAGAGGGGUGUUGAAGCUGUUGAGAAGCUCAAAGGGUCUGGACUCUCUGAUGUGGUUUUUCAUCAGCUGGAUGUGAAGGACCCUGCUAGUAUUUCUUCCCUUGCUCUUUUCAUCAAAACCCAAUUUGGAAAGCUUGAUAUAUUGGUAACUUUGGAAUUCCAUAUUUUUAUUUUGUAUCAUUACGGAGAAUUUCAUCAGAAUCUAGUUGCAGAAAAUCCUGGCAUCUUGAUUAGAUUGGUUGAAUGAUUUAAGCUGAAAUUU